GCCACAAAUAUUAUGCUUCCCAACAAAGCUUUCAUUUUGAAAAUCCUCAACCAGUUUCCGGUUCACUGUCUCUGACUUGACUGCGCAGGUCUGAGCUGCAACAUCAUAGCUGCCUUCAGCAUAAUAGAGCUGCUGCUGGAGCUGCUGCCGCCGCGGGAUCCUCCGGAGAAGGAGAAGGCAGGAGAGAACGGCGGUGUUUCUGUCAGCGUGCCGUCAGUUGAAGCGCCUUACUGCCUCUCGUUUGUUCCGUCUCGCCGUAUGUGAAGGGAGGCUCCAGCUGGAAAAGCAGCAACGUACCUAAGAAGGAGUGACAUGCCCUUCAGUGCUUGGCGCAGUCAGUGCGCUGCUCGCUGUCAGGCGGGGAACGAGGUGAAGACCGGAAUGGUGCAUUUAAAUUGUUCUUUUUAACGCCGAGGAAGCCUUGCUCGGGUUUUGUUCUGUUUUUGACGUAUUUUUCGUGAGGACAGCGACACUACAUGCCCGACCGCAGAGCCGUAGCGACGGCAAAAUGCAGCGCAGCGGGUGUUUGACUGCAGGUGGAUGGCCAACCUGACGGCCACAGCCGCCGCUUCCCUCCCCGUUCACCCGCCGCCGCUGCCGCCUGCUGCAGCAGCAGGAGGUCUGGCUUCACCCGGAGCUGUAAAAACAAACUGAAAACAGAGAGAUCGGACAAAUUAACCCGAGCCAUGCUUCCAGGGGUCGGCGUGUUCGGCACCAGCCUGACCACCAGGGUUAUCAUCCCGCUGCUGAAGAAUGAGGGCUUCGCCGUCAAAGCGCUGUGGGGCCGGACGCAGGAGGAGGCGGAGGAGCUGGCCAAGGAGAUGAACGUACCGUUUUACACCAACCGGAUCGACGACGUGCUGCUGCAUCAGGAUGUGGAUCUGGUCUGCAUCAACCUGCCGCCGCCCCUGACGAGGCAGAUCGCUGUCAAAACACUGGGUAUUGGAAAGAAUGUGAUCUGUGACCGGACAGCAACGCCUCUGGAUGCCUUCCGGAUGAUGUCAGCAGCCCAGUACUACCCAAAGUUGCUGAGCAUAAUGGGAAAUGUGCUGCGUUUCUUGCCAGCCUUUGUCCGAAUGAAGGAGUUGUUAGAGGAAGGCUACAUUGGAGAACUUCUGGUCUGUGAGGCCCAGGUCCACAGCGGUAGCCUGCUGGGGAAGAAAUACAACUGGAGCUGUGAUGACCUGAUGGGAGGUGGUGGUCUGCAUUCAGUGGGCAGUUACCUCAUUGAUCUUCUUACAUUUUUGACCGGUCAGCGUGCAGCAAAAGUCCACGGUUUCCUCAAGACAUUUGUCAAACAAACAGAUCACAUUCGGGGCAUCCGCCAGAUCACCAGCGAUGACUUUUGCACGUUCCAGAUGGUACUGGAGGGAGGCGCCUGCUGCACUGUCACGCUCAACUUCAAUGUGCCUGGAGAGUUUCGGCAGGAGGUGAUCGUCGUGGGGACCGUCGGAAGGUUAACUGUCAUGGGGACGGACUUGUAUGGACAGAAGAACAGUGGAGGUGGAGGAAGCGGCGGAGGUCCUGAACUCCUACUCAAAGACACCACGCCUCUUGAAAAGGCUUCCUUACCGGAGAAGGCCUUCAGUGAUAUACCAUCCCCAUAUCUUACCGGAACGAUCCGCAUGAUUCAGGCUGUGCGGCAGGCCUUUCAGGACCAGGAUGACAGGAGGACGUGGGACGGGAGGCCUCUAACAAUGGCUGCUACCUUUGAGGAUUGUCUGUAUGCUCUUUGUGUGGUGGAUACCAUCAAAAAGUCCAAUCAGAGCGGAGAGUGGCAGAACAUUGUGGUGAUGACAGAAGAACCAGAAAUCAGCCCAGCCUAUUUGAUCAGCGAGGCCAUGCGGCGGAGUAGGAUGUCACUAUACUGUUAGUGUCCUGCUGAUGUGCCACUUCGAAAUGGCUGAAUGCGAGUGUUACCUGAAAAACUGGAGAUGGCACUGCAAAAGCCCUAUUAUUGUUGGAACUUUAUUCAUACAGCUACCGUUCAGUCCUUAAAUUCAUCACCGGUUCAUUUUAAUACUGUCAAAUCUGCAUUGUUAUUGUUACAGACAGGUUACACCACUAUGAUACAGAGAGUUAUGCUUUCCCGAUACCCUGCCUCAGCCUUAGAGGAAAAGCAAUGUGAUCAAUAAUCAAACCUUUAUUUAUAAGGAAACCUUUCCUGUUUUUUCCCUUUUGACAGAAGACUUGAGUCCUUCCAGGGAGAUGCACCUGUAAAUCUGAGUCAUACAAAAUAAGGACAAGGUAAAGUCCUACAGUGGAGGCAGAUCAGGGAGUGAAAUUAAUACUACUGUGUUGUUCUCGACCGUAAUGGUAUUGAGCCUCUCAUCUCAGCAUCUCUUCUAUAUAACUGGGUCUGGAAGACACCUUACACUGUGGGUCCAAAUGAGGACAGCCAAGGAAGAACGACAGUCCUCUUAGUUAAAACUGUUGUUGCUCUAAGCUGAAGUACUUGUUAGUUUUAUCACGUGAAUGUUUGAAAAAUCAAUAUGCUUGAUGGCUUCAGUCUCUGUCUGCUUUGUAGGCUUCAUCUGUAUGUGUGAAACAAGAAAAAAAAAAAGAGAAAUCAAUAGUUUGGCUGGUGGGUUUUUCAGAAGGUUUUACCUUCUGGUUCAUGUAUGCAAUAUAUCCAGGUUGUGGUCUACAGCAGAGGUAGUUGUAACUUCCAACCUGGAGUAAAGAGAUAAAAUACACUACUGUAUGGCUUUAUGCAGUUACAGUAACCUGUACAUCAAUUUAUGCGUCCUGUAUGAUUGGCCAGUCCAGCGAUACUUUGAUUUUCUUCUUAUUUUGUGCUUUUUCUACUGUCAUGAAGCAGGGCCAGAAAAUACACAGAAGUCUGUGUGAUGUGAGCAUAUCUGUGACCUUUGAGUGUGAAUGUUAGUACAGUCCGCUGAGCAAUAUCCUCAUAUUGCAAUGCGAUUGGUCACACUUGCAUCAAGUUACAGUGAUAUAGCAUGCUUUAUAAAGCUAACAUGCACCGUGAAAUGCAGGCUGGUCAGUAUGCUUCACAUGCAAGUUCAGUUUAGACCUUUAACCUGGCAUCCAAUUUACUGUGCAGCACAGUGUGGCAGACAGUGGAUAUUAGCAUUUCUCUUAGUUUCUGUUAGAGGUGUCAAAUAAUAAGACUGGUUAUAUUACGUGUUUUUUUCUUUAAUGUCAGCAAAGCCAAAAACAAUAACCCGUAAAUUGAUUUCUGAGCAGGUUUUGAAAGCCCCGCUCUGUCUGUGACAUUCAGCCCCAAGCCCGUUGAUUCUUACUGAACGAGUAUAUCUUUAAAUCUGCACUAGUCAAUAUGUUGCUUAGCCUAUCUAUGCUUUUUUUUUUUUUUUAAAGGUCAAAUGGCGAUGGUCAGUGUUUAAUGUUGUUUGCAGUUUCACUGUUCUUAUUAAGCAUGUUUGCAACCACAACAGGCAGCUCUUUUCACUAAAAAGCUUCUGAUACAGCCACAGUUUGCUGCUUUAAUAAAGCAACAAAGACAGAUGUUUGCGAUUAGGAGGCAAACAUUAUGGAGAGUCAGAUAUUUUCUCUCAGGAGACUAAUUAAAAGAGAAUGACUAAUAGACUUACAUUCAUCACGUAGCCAGAAACAUGACUUCAAUUAAAUGAUAUUUUUCUAACAUGUUAGCAUAUGUUACUGGGGACUGCUUUCAGCUGUAGACUAAUCCACAUUUGGUGCUCUAGUAAGAAAAACUAUAGACUAUCACCACCCAUAUCCUUUAAGGCAUUAUUUACACAUUAUGAAGGCAGCUGGCCUUCAGAACUUCAGUGCGACAGGACUUCAGCCACUUGUUGACAGACGUGUACAGGGUGUCUGCUGUGAGAGGCCAGAGCCGUGUGCCAUCCGUCCAUCACAUAAGAAAGCUGAAAAUAUCAGAAAAUAUUUGCAAAUACAGUUUGAUAUUUCACUCGAUACAAGUGAAAGAACUGACCUACAAGCCAAAUAAUUGAUUUGCUUUUUUUAAUGCCUCUCUCUUCCCCCUCUUGUUGUUUCGAGUUCUUAAAGUGUGCUGAAAUACUAUCUAUGUAACAACUACUGAAAAUGUACAUAUGAUAAUAUUAUAAAACAACAAUAUGCGUUUGUCUAAACAAGUACUGUAUGUAUUUUAUUCGUGAAACCAAGGAACUGGAACAUGUUUUGCUGAGUGUUAAGGUUAUUUAUUCAUUGUUUUUGCUGUUGAAGUUUUGUGGACUGACCUGCGUUGUAUUGGGAGAUUAACAGCAGACUGAGGCCUUGAAGCGUCAAGCUUCUUACAGUUCCCCUUCUAUGAAUUAUUGACCAAAAUACUCUUCUGUUAACACUGUUAUGAAAAGCUUUAUGUUUGCUCUUGAGAUGCAUCAUAAAUCACCACAGUCCUAAGCCAACAUAACUGUCAUCCAGUGCAAAUCAACAUCUGUGACUGUUCCCAGCUCAUGGAAUCAAUAGUAAUUUCUAACCCCUUUUAUUAUUUUGUGUUUUGAUAUGAUGCGUCUGCUGAUGAUGUGGUUUGCUGAGAGCAGCUCACACUACGGUCAGCGCUGUGGUGCAAUCGACUACACAGAACAGAAAGAAAUACCCCUCUUAACCAAUCUGCCUGAAAAAGAGUCCGACACUGAUAAGCUAUCACUCUGUAAGAUAACUCGAGUUAUAUUUAUGCCCUUCGUGUACCAAGGGCCUUAUCAAAUCUGCGUAUAGACUUUCCCCGUUUGUCUGAUAACACUUUCUAGAACAGAAGUCAGUGAUUUAAACCUGGACGUUCUCUGGGAUUCCAUUUUCUAGUUUAUAUCAAACGUGGCAUCAUCACGAUGAAGAUUUCUGAGUGAGGAGGCCUGAGUAAAAUUGAGCCUUGAAUUUCACAAACACAAACACGGGACAGUCGGGUAUCGUAUAGGAUUCAUGGCUGAUUUAUGUCUCCGUGCUGGAGUCGUCUGCGCUUUCGAGUCUGCGUGUAAAUGAUCUCCAGUGACCUGAUCGACAUGUACAGGGUGUCUGCGCUGAGAGACAUGCAGCCGAUGGCUUCUGUUCAUUUUCAUCUAUUGAUUUAUAUUUGUUGACUUGAAAGGGAGUGGAUACAUGUAGAAAGUAAAGCUGGAGUGGAAAUGCUUGACAAGAGGAUACUCACCGUAAACCUUGAAAAUGGUUUAGUCCACUGCUCUAACGCCACAGGAGAAAGGUCAUACCAUUUAGAUUUACAGGGUCACACAAAACAAGCUGAAAGAUAAUCAUUAUGUUCAGUAGCUUCACCACAAGGGUCAAUGUCAUGAUGUAGUCGUUAGGAAGAAUUCAGAUUUAGGUAAUAAAUUCUUGAAAGUUCCCUGAAUGUACCACAGAUUUUGUACUAAUUACAGUUGAAAUGCAGAUUAAGUUCUCAGACUGUUUGUUUUGGCAAGUCCAAUUAACUGCAUAACUGCAACAGCCCAAGCAAAUCAUUCACUUGGAAUGAGACAAAUUGAGACAAUUUGAGACAAAUUUUACACGUUUGCAUCCUCAGUCUGAAGAUUACCUCGGAAUUUGGAAUUAAUUGUACGCGUAAAUGUCCCAACUGAUCACUUUCCCUAAACCAAAUUACAGGGUUCUUUCAAGAGUUUCCUUGACAACUGGAAAUUAUCAGGACUUUAUCUGUUUCUUCUCUUUCAUCUCCAUCGCCUGUUAGUGGACCAUGACAAUGUGGCUUACAGUGUUUCUUCACUCAAGUCUGCAUAGGAGGAUCUGCUCACAGUAAACCCAGUAUGUUUAAAUUGGUUUAGGUCUCGUGUUGAGAUUGAAUUAAGUAUCCCCACAGUGGCUCAUAACAUUAGCUUAAACUCCUUGUGUUCCUUUAAGUGUCUGAAACAUAGAUUUACUCCCGGUUUGCGUAUCUAUGCUGGCUGGAGGUUUGUCCAUGUCCGCACAGACCCGUCUGCCUCCUUGGAGAUGCAAUUAGACUGCUCAGCUGACACAUCCUCAGCCAGCUGCUUAUGCUCUGUGCUAAAUGUGUCAUCAGCAUCUGCUUCAAAUUAAGAACAUCACAAGACCAGAAGACUUGGCAACGUAGCGAAACGCUAAAGUGCAGGAAUUUAAUUUAGCCUUUUAUUUGUUUGGUGUUGACAUUCUGUGACACUGAUGGCGGGACAAUGCUGUCACAUCAGAACGUUAAUACUUAGAGAACUUUCAUUCUUAUUAGUGAAUUGAAUUAGUGAAGGCUUUUUACAUCAAAACCCAGCUAUGCAUGGAGUCGCACUCAUCUCCGAGUUGCAGUGGGCAGCAAUCUGAAACAGAUGAGGAAAUAUGUGGCCUCUGAAGCAUUGAAUAGUUAAUGAGUGGAAUUUUAAUGAGCUACAUAACAGUAUGAGCGUUUCAUACAUUUUAGAGACAGCAAAGACAGCAGCAUCAAAUGCUUCCAUGACCGAUUUUCUUGUGUUUUCCUUUAAAUGUUGAAUUAUUAUAGUUUCUUCUUUUUUUUUAUUGCUUACUGAAAACAUGUUUGGAUAUCAACCUGAUGUUGAGGUGAUGUUAUGCUGUGUCGCCUUUGCAACGGUGUGGACGCUGAAGCUCGUUCACCCAUCUUUUCCCUAAAACAAAUGCUGUGCUUUAUGGAUUUAUACUGAUGUACAUAUUUUGUAGCCCAGAGCCACUUUUUUUUUUCUUUUUAAUCAUUUAGCUUGCUGCUCGUGGCCUGUAAAGGACAAGCCGGCUCGGUGCUUUAGAAAAAGACAUUGCAGAAAAAUAACACAGGAGGAAUCCAGUUCCAGCUUUGCACUUUGACUGCCUUGUUUGCUAACAGUUGCGACGAUGAAUUGCUUGUUCUUGCUGUGCCAGCACUCACAAACCGUUCAGGAAAGGCUGAAGGAGACAAGGGUGGAGGUGGAGGAGGUGGGGUGAAAUUUGUUCAAUUUGGAGACGAACAACCUCAAAGAGGAGCUUCUUCUGCCCUCGGAGACCGUUACUUAGCAAUCGGACGCCACGUUGCCAAAUUAGGUCCUGUCUUUUUUUUUUUUUUUCCCCCCUCCUCUCUUUUAUUUUCACUCACACAGUAACACACUAGCCUCCUCACCUCUUUCUUUCACAUACUGCUGCUCCACCCCCUUCUUUCUCUGACUGACUGGUCACAGGAUGAACUCAGUCAGUGAAUGUGGGGAAAGGUAAUGGUUUUUGAUCAGCUUUCUGAUUCAUUUAUCUGCUGUUUCACAUCUCUCACAGGGUAACUCUUGAGAUCAGUUGUGUCGCUAUCUCCCUUUCUCUCUCUCUCUCUCAUUCUCUCUCUCUUUAUUGUGAGUCAGGUUGAAGCCUGGAGUACAAGCUCACUGGUGCUUCUUCCCCUAAAACAUUUCCUCUUCUCUUCUCUUCUCUUCUCUUCUCUUCUCUUCUCUUCUCUUCUCUUCUCUUCUCUUCUCUUCUCUUCUCUUAUCUUAUCUUCUCCUCUCUUCUCUUCUCUUCUCUUCUCAAGCAUCCCCCUUAAUAAAAACUAAUGACAGGACAGAUAGAGGUUCUGAAUGCCUUUCCUCAGCUGGUUUAUGAAUGCUGUCUCUCUACCUUGCUCGAAGAAAAACAAAUAUCCAUCUUGAUGCUAUAAUGUGACUAUAUCCAAUAUUUAUUGUUAUGUAUGUAUAUUGUGGACGCAUGGACCCCUGUACAUACUGCAAUUUGAGCUCUGAAAUAUUAUGGGUCUUAAUCUAGAGAAUGUACUUACUGUAGGAAUAAUUUAUAUUUUCUAUCCGUUAAGGACUACAUCAGCCAUUUUUAGGAGGUCAGUCUGUGUCACAGAAAUAAAAGCCCCUACGAUAUCUCUGUGUGCUGUAAAGUGUGAUGUGCACUUCUGUUAAAUGGCCUCUCCUGUCCCUUUUUCUUUUUUGAUUGACUGUGUUACUCCUGACUCAGUGUUUUACUGUCUCAUCUCCCUGCACCAGUGCUCAGCAUUGACUGAAUGUGUGAGAGUGUGUGUGUGUGUGUGUGAAAAUAGGAAAGAAAAGUGUCAUUUUGCGUGUGAGUGUGUGCACCAUGGUUUAUGGCUUCAGCACUUGUCUAAUGCUGCAGUUUCUAUGGAAUAAAAAAAGAUGUACAUGCAUAA